GCGCGCGCGCAGGCCCAGCCCUCGUCGCCGCCGCCAUUUUAGCUCCUGGUUCGGGCCGCACGGUGUGGACUGUUGUAGCGGGAGGGGUGGAGGUUUCCCCCCAAGAGUUAAGUCGUAGCCCUCGUCAGGGCGGAUAAAGCCGUCCGCUUUAUCGCUUGUUAAUUCCUUCCGCUCGGCGAGGGCGAAGAUGUCCAAGCGGCACCGGCUGGACCUCGGGGAGGAUUACCCCUCCGGCAAGAAGCGUGCGGGGACCGAUGGGAAAGAUCGAGAUCGUGACCGGGAUCGUGAAGAUCGUUCCAAAGAUCGAGAUCGAGAACGUGAUAGAGGGGAUAGAGAACGGGAGAGGGAGAAAGAAAAGGAGAAGGAGUUGCGAGCUUCAACUAAUGCUAUGCUUAUCAGUGCUGGAUUGCCACCUUUAAAAGCAUCUCAUUCAGCUCACUCAACCCAUUCAGCUCAUUCAACACAUUCUACACAUUCUGCCCACUCAGCACACACUGGACAUGCAGGACACACAUCACUUCCACAGUGCAUUAAUCCAUUCACCAACUUACCCCAUACCCCUCGCUACUAUGAUAUUCUAAAGAAACGUCUUCAGCUCCCAGUAUGGGAAUACAAGGAUAGAUUUACAGAUAUUCUUGUUAGACAUCAGUCAUUUGUACUCGUUGGUGAGACUGGGUCUGGUAAAACAACACAGAUUCCACAGUGGUGUGUGGAGUAUAUGCGAUCAUUACCAGGACCCAAGAGAGGAGUGGCCUGUACCCAACCCAGGAGAGUGGCUGCCAUGAGUGUGGCUCAGAGAGUUGCUGAUGAAAUGGAUGUAAUGCUGGGCCAGGAAGUUGGUUACUCCAUUCGAUUUGAAGACUGCAGUAGUGCAAAAACUAUCCUUAAGUAUAUGACUGAUGGAAUGCUACUUCGCGAAGCUAUGAACGAUCCCCUCUUGGAGCGCUAUGGUGUAAUAAUUCUUGAUGAAGCUCAUGAAAGAACACUUGCUACAGAUAUUCUGAUGGGUGUCCUGAAGGAGGUUGUAAGACAGAGAUCAGACUUAAAGGUCAUAGUUAUGAGUGCUACUCUAGAUGCAGGAAAAUUUCAGAUUUACUUCGACAAUUGUCCUCUUUUAACUAUUCCUGGACGUACACAUCCUGUUGAGAUCUUUUAUACUCCAGAACCUGAAAGAGAUUAUCUUGAGGCAGCAAUUCGUACAGUGAUCCAGAUACAUAUGUGCGAAGAAGAAGAAGGAGAUCUCCUCCUUUUUUUAACUGGUCAAGAGGAAAUUGAUGAGGCCUGUAAGAGAAUAAAACGUGAAGUUGAUGAUUUGGGCCCUGAAGUUGGUGACAUUAAAAUCAUUCCACUGUACUCUACGCUUCCACCCCAGCAGCAGCAACGUAUUUUUGAGCCUCCGCCUCCAAAAAAACAGAAUGGAGCAAUUGGAAGAAAGGUAGUUGUGUCAACUAACAUUGCAGAGACAUCUUUGACAAUAGAUGGUGUGGUGUUUGUGAUUGAUCCUGGAUUUGCCAAACAAAAGGUAUACAAUCCUCGAAUCAGAGUUGAAUCUCUGCUGGUGACCGCUAUUAGUAAAGCCUCAGCUCAACAAAGAGCUGGUCGAGCUGGACGUACCAGACCUGGAAAAUGCUUCCGGCUGUACACAGAGAAAGCUUAUAAAACAGAAAUGCAGGAUAACACCUAUCCUGAGAUUUUGCGUUCUAAUUUAGGAUCUGUUGUGUUACAAUUGAAGAAACUUGGUAUUGAUGAUUUGGUGCAUUUUGAUUUUAUGGAUCCACCAGCUCCUGAAACUCUGAUGAGAGCCCUAGAACUUUUGAAUUAUCUGGCUGCUCUAAAUGAUGACGGAGAUCUGACUGAAUUGGGAUCCAUGAUGGCAGAGUUCCCUCUUGAUCCACAGCUCGCUAAAAUGGUUAUUGCAAGUUGUGACUACAACUGUUCUAAUGAGGUCCUAUCUAUUACUGCUAUGUUGUCAGUCCCACAGUGUUUUGUUCGCCCCACGGAGGCCAAGAAAGCUGCAGAUGAGGCCAAGAUGAGAUUUGCCCACAUAGAUGGAGAUCAUCUGACACUGCUGAAUGUCUACCACGCUUUUAAACAAAAUCAUGAGUCGGUUCAGUGGUGUUAUGACAACUUCAUUAACUACAGGUCCCUGAUGUCUGCAGACAAUGUACGCCAGCAGCUAUCACGAAUUAUGGACAGAUUUAACUUGCCUCGUCGAAGUACUGACUUCACAAGCAGGGACUAUUAUAUUAAUAUAAGAAAAGCUUUGGUUACUGGCUAUUUUAUGCAGGUGGCACACUUAGAACGAACAGGACAUUACUUAACUGUGAAAGAUAACCAGGUGGUUCAGUUGCAUCCCUCUACUGUUCUUGACCAUAAACCUGAAUGGGUGCUUUAUAAUGAGUUUGUUCUAACAACGAAGAAUUACAUCCGGACAUGUACAGAUAUCAAGCCAGAAUGGUUGGUGAAAAUUGCCCCUCAAUAUUAUGACAUGAGCAAUUUCCCACAGUGUGAAGCAAAGAGACAGUUGGACCGCAUUAUUGCCAAACUUCAAUCCAAGGAAUAUUCACAGUACUGAACUCAAUGGUUAGAACUGAAGUUAUUCAGAGGACAGCUUUAAAAGAUGAGUGAACUCAAAAGUUCAAGUUGUGCUCUUCACGUUGGUUCAAUAAUGGCCUUUUAUUUGAAAGCUUUUUAAUUUUUCUUUACAGUAAAUAUUCCAUUCUGAUUUCAUAAAUUAAACAUUUAUGCCUCCCUUUUGUGUUGACACUGUAGCUCAUACUGGAAAAGUCGAUCAAUGUUUUGCAGUUUAUUGAAAGUAGUUCUAUAUAUAACAAUGUUAUGAGCAUUUCUUUAGAAAUGGUUGAAAAUGCUUCUAAAAUGUGAUUAUCGACCAUGGUAUGCAUGAUCGUUGUAAUUGUUGACAUUCCUUUUAGAAGUUGUGAAAUGUUACAACUUGUGCUUAUGUAGACACAUCUUCUGUCUCAGUACAGAGGCACUGACUUCAAUAAAGUCUAUUUAUACUAAAUUUGGCCAAAGCCCUUCGGUAUCUUUAUUCCAGUCUCCAUGAAUAUGGUUGCUUCUCUUCCCAAGUGUGGGGCUUUUUCCUUUUUUAUUAUAAUUAUACUAUUAGUAUGUAUUUAGCAUCUUUUCCCAGGAGUACUCUGUAGAUAAAGUAGUCAUUAAAGCCGUAUUUCAGAGCAUAGUGUAGCACUAUUGUUAAUCAGUAUGUGAUCUAGUGGGAUGAAAUGUGUAAUAUUUUUUGAAAUUGGAUUUUAAAGGACAGAAUAAUGAAUGAGUUGUUGUCUUAUUGUCUUAAACUUUAGUUUAUGUGGCUGAUAGUUUUGUUACAUUUUUGUCAUGUUUUAUACUCAGAUGGACAUUAAGCAUUCUGAACAUGUUUUAUUUGUACUAGAUAGGAAGGCACAGUUGUAUUUUAGAUCUCAACCAGUUUUUACUGUAUUUUCAGUGUUGGAAGUUUUAUGCAAUAUACAAAGUAAUUUGUAUAGUGUGUUGAAUGAGAAUUUAACCUUUAUUUCCUUUAAUAAGCAUUAACCCUUUGAAACCAAAAGAUGAGAUGUUUGUGGCCCAUCUAAGAUGAUAUAAUAAAUUGUUUCCGUUUAAAGGC